AUGUUGGAAGCUGGUGUUCUUGAUACCUACCUGGGGAAAUACUGGGCUAUCAAACUGGCUACCAAUGCUGCUGUCACUGUACUGAGAGUAGAUCAAAUCAUCAUGGCAAAACCAGCUGGUUAUUUUGCUUUUCAGGUUGGAAAAGCAAGGAAAAAAUACAAAAUCGCACCUCCGGCAGUUACUGGGUCACCAGACUUUGAGAGAGUCUAUCGUGCACAACAAAACUGUGUGGAGUUUUAUCCCUUAUUUAUGGUUACAUUUUGGAUGGCUGGGUGGUAUUUCAACCAAGUGUUUGCUACUUUUCUGGGUCUGUUGUACAUGUAUGCUCGUCACCAGUACUUUUUUGGAUAUUCAGAAGCUGCUAAAAAGAGGUUGACUGGUUUCCGGUUGAGUCUGGGGAUUUUGACCUUGUUGGCUGUUCUAGCCACCCUGGGCAUUGCAAACAGCUUUCUGGAUGAAUACUUGGACCUCAAUAUUACAAAGAAACUGAGGCGUCACCUCUAA